AUGUGGUUGGGUUCAAAAAAAAAGAGAAGAGAAUAUAAAUAUUAUGAGGAUCAAAUUAAUGAUUCACUUAGAGCUGCACAGAAUAAUAGUAACAUAUUUAUAAAUAUACCUGAUAAUUCUAGCCCAGUUGCAUCAACAUCGGCAUCUGCUUUAGUUGCACCAACUAAUACUUCUUUAGUUAUAUCAACUUCAUCUAUAUCUAAUAAAAAAGUAUUUACUAAAAAUACAAGCAAAAGACAAAUAACAAAUUAUAUUACAUCAGAUCAUAUGUCUAAAAUAGAACAAAAAUUACUUGAAUUAGAAUUUGCACGAUCAGUAUUUCAAUGUGGUUUAGUUUUAUCUUUACCUGAAAUAGAAUCUAUUAAAAAAAUUGUGGAAACAAGCAUGGCCUGCAUUUAG